AUGUCACGAAGUUUCCAUACAAAGUCUCGGAAUAGCUGUGGCCGAUGCAAGCAGCGCCGCGUCAAGUGCAAUAGACAGAGUCCAGUGUGCCGAAAUUGCGCACGCCGCAACGAAUUAUGUGAUUUCCAACUACGGAUUGGUGACCUAGCUCCAGAAAAAGCCGUCAUUGUGGCACCUACCGCAGUGGUAUGGCACAAGGAAAAUGCAAUAUUAGAUUACUUUUCUGGCGUAGUCGCCCCUUCGAUAAGUUUGGCAGACCCAAUGAUAGGGAUUUGGAGAAAGGAGGUAUUGAAAUAUUAUCGGUUGUCACCGCCGCUGUAUCACAUGGUCAUUUCGGUAUCUGUUCUACAUAUGUCCAACCAGCACAUGGGCCUAGACACCGGACUUAUCCGUGUAGUCCACCAACAUUUCGUGGAUGCAGUGUCGCUUUUCCGACGGGAAAUUACCUCCCUAGGUAAAGAAAACUCUCUUCCCGUUUUCUUCUUUUCUAUUCUGCUUCUCAUGGUCCAAUUUGCCACCUCACACGUUCGCCACGGCAUAUCCUUCGGACCAACUGAGAUUUUUGAACCUACGGAUAUUUUGUGUUCCCUCCAGAAGGCUCAAAAGCUCAGCUGCCAGCUUGUUCCGUUUUUGGCGACCAGCUCGAUGGCAAGCAUUUUCGCGGAAACUAGGCCACCCGUCAUAGGAGGAGACGUCAAGCUGGCAAAGACUAUCUUCAUCGUCCAGGAGACUCUGCAUUCAUUGAACCUCACUGUACAACAUGCAUCAGAAAAGGAAGCUAUUAAAAGCCUGCUUCAAUGGUUGCAAACCUUGAGGUCAAUGCAGCCUGGCUGGCGACAGAUUUGCAUCUGGCCUGCUUCGCUUUCGCCAGGCUAUAUCCAGCGACUGCGCGACAAGAGUCAAAUCUCGAUGAUUGUCUAUCUCUGCUGGUGCUUGAUACUUGGCAGGAGCUACAAGCAGUGGAUGUUUACCACAUACUGCCGCCAAGCGAUUAGGCAUGUCGUUGCAAGAAUCAACUGGGUCUGGGGAGAUUUCCUUAGCCAACUCUUGACAGAGGUCGAGUGA